AUGCAAUUACGCUAUUCAAAAAACCUCCAGCCCGCUGUGGAUGGAAUGCAAAAAAUUUCAGCGAUCACCUGGUCUGCAAAUGGUAUGAGGCUCGCAGUCUCAACGGCUGACCGAGUUGUCCAUCUUUACGACGACCAAGGUGAGCGCAAGGACAAAUUUCCUACCCGCCCUGCUGAAAAAGGCCAGAUGUCCUACGUAGUCCGUGCUUUGGCCUUUUCUCCUGACUCAACCCGCCUUGCAGUAGCUCAAAGCGAUAAUAUCGUUUUUGUAUACAAGCUUGGGACUGAAUGGGGUGAGAAAAAAUCGAUCUGCAAUAAAUUCCCUCAAUCUUCAGCAGUAACCUGUAUGAAUUGGCCUCGUACCAAAGCUCAUGACAUCAUUUUUGGUUUAGCUGAAGGCAAAGUAAAAUCCGGUCAAGUCAGAAGUAAUAAAGCAGCUACCUUGUACUCGUCUGAAUCAUAUGUAGUAUCGGUGGCUUCAAGUAUUGAUGGAGAAACUAUCAUUUCUGGGCAUUUAGAUGGGACAAUUUAUAGGUAUACGUUGGAAAAUCAUCAGUUAGCGAAAAUUGUGGCACAUCCGUCUGUACCUUAUGCAUUGGAUUGGGGUGAACAUAUAUGUGCGGCAGGAAAUGAUGGGAAAGUGAUUUUUUAUACAGAUGAUGGAAAUGUGUUUCAGAGGUUUGACUAUUCGUAUGAUACGUCUGUAAAAGAGUUUACUGUGGCUGCGUUUAAUCCGGCUGGAGAUACUGUUGUGAUUGGAAACUUUAACAAGUUCUUUGUGUAUGGGUAUAACCCUAAAAGACCAGAAUGGGUGGAAAAAUUAGUAAAAAAUAUAGAAAACCUUUAUAGUGUCACUGCAUUAUGCUGGAAACCUGAUGGGUCUAAAGUUGUAUUAGGCUCUUUAUGUGGCUCUGUCGAUGUCUUUGAAAUCUGCUUAAGAAAAGCCCGGUACAAAGGAAAAUUCGAGUUCACCUACGUCUCAAUCAGCCAAGUCAUCGUAAAAGAGCUCGCAUCCAGCUUAAAAGUCGCCAUAAAAAGCGAUUUCGGCCUGGAAAUCAACAAAAUCAAUAUCUAUCAAGACAGAUACGUCGUUGCCCACACUGCUGAAACUCUGCUUCUCGGUGACCUCGAGACUUCCCGCCUCAGCGAAAUCCAAUGGCGAGGUUCCGGCAAAGAAAAAUAUGAUUUUUCCUCCCCUGGUGUCUGCAUGAUUUUCAAUGCAGGAGAACUUACCUUAGUUGAAUACGGCAGCAACGAAAUCCUGGGGAAUUGUAGAACUGAACAGAUGAGCCCUCAUUUAAUUUCUGCACGACUUAACUAUUCUCGCGUUAAAUCUGAAGAAGACUACCAUUUAGCUAUCAAAAUUAUUGCGUUUCUGCUAGAUCCUCACACUAUUUGUGUCCAAGACUUAAAGACAGGAAAUUCAGCAGCUUUAAUAAACCAUGAUGCCAAAAUUGAUUUCUUAGAGCUCAAUGCGUCAGCGACCAAGCUUUUGUAUAGAGAUAAGAGGAGACAGCUGAUGCUUUAUAAUAUAAAAACUCAGACCAAGUCGACGCUGCUGCAGUUUUGCUCAUAUGUCCAAUGGGUGCCGAAUUCAGAUGUAGUGGUCGCUCAGAGCAGAAAUAAUUUAAAUGUGUGGUAUAAUAUAUACCUUAGAAAAGCUUAUAGCUUUUUGGCUUAUUUAUUGAAAGCAAGGACUGCUAAUAAAUGCUUGCUUAUUAGUACUAGCAAGCCAGUUAGUUAGUUUCGGAGCUAUUUUUGAUAAUAGAAGUCUAUAAAUCUUCCUUAGGUAUAGAUGACCCUGACAAAGUGACUGUUUAUAAUAUCAAAGGAGAAGUAGAAGAAAUCGAAAGAAAUAAAAACGGGACUGAAGUUAUCGUAAAUGAAGGAAUGUCAACUGUCAGCUAUGCUCUAGAUGAACCUUUAAUAGAGUUCGGAUUUGCUUUGGAAAGCAGAAACUUAGCGAGAGCUGUAGAAAUUUUAGAACCGCUUAAUAACACCCCAGAAAUUGAAGCAAAUUGGAAAGCACUGGCAGAAAUUGCCUUAGAAGAACAAAAUUUAAGGGUAGCCGAGCAGUGUUAUUCAGCCCUGGGAGAUGUAGGGAAGUCAAGAUAUCUUCAUAAAGUCAAUAAACUUUGUGACAAGCAUAAAGCAGAAACUGCUCAAGAAGGGAUUCAGUCUUAUUUAGUCCAGGCUAAGCUGUCUGCACUUGAAAAACAGUUCCAUAGAGCUGAAGCUAUUUUGCUAGACCAAAAUGACGUAGAAGAAGCCAUGGAGAUGUACCAAGAACUCCAUAGGUGGGAUGAAAUUAUAGCUGUUUAUAUUAACAAGAAUUUCUCUUUGUAAUAAAUUAACAGAUGUUUAUUAAUAUACUAUAAAUAAGGAUAUUAAUAUUGCAGAAAAGAGAAAGCACCCUAAACUGCACGAUCUAAAGGCAAAUUAUUUUAAUUGGCUAUUACAGACUAACCAAGAAGAAAAAGCUGCUGAAGUAAAAGCUAGAGAUGGAGACUACCCAGGCGCUAUCAGUUUAUAUCUAAAAGGCAAACUUCCAGCAAGGGCUGCAGCAUUAGUAAGCAAAUAUAAUAUAAACAACUCAGAUAUUAUGGAAAAAAUUGCAUCAGCCUUACAAGCUGCUGAAAUGCAUGAAAAAGCUGGAGAAUUUUUCGAAAAAUUAGACAUGCCUGACAAAGCACUAGAGUCGUAUGUAAAAGGAAAUGCUUAUAGAAAAGCUGUAGAUUUAGCUUGUGGCUUUUGAUGAUUUUUCUUGUUCUAAAUAUUUCUUUUUAUUUUUUUCUAGAUAUAUUAUCAUAUUUUUUACAGAAAAAUGGUAUUAUUAAUAAGUAAAAAUCAUGGAGCCGAUUUAGCUAGAAGAAAUUAUCCUACUUAUAUAGCGAAACUUGAAGAAAAAUGGGGAGAUUACUUAGUCUCACAAAAACAGAUGGAUGCCAGUGUUAACCAUUUCAUAGAAGCCGGGGCAUACCAAAAAGCUAUAGAAGCUGCUAUAAAUGCAAGACAGUGGACUAAAGCUGUCCAACUGCUAGGCCAGCAAAGCCAAGACGUAGCUAAGCCUUAUUACAAACAAAUAGCAAAGCAUUAUGCAGACAUAAGACAAUUAGACCAAGCCGAAAAGUUUUAUAUGAAAGCUGGAGCUUUUAACGACGUUUUUGAAAUGCUGACAAGCAAUAAUAAAUGGGAGCAGGCUUAUAGGUUUGCAUGCAAAAAUAUGCCUGAUACUGAAGUUACGCUGCUGUAUACAAAACAAGCACAGAAAUUAGAAAGUGAAGGACUAUUGAAAGAAGCCGAAAAAAUGUAUUUGACAGUAAAUGAGGCAGAUAUGGCAAUUAAUAUGUAUAAAAAAGCACAACAGUAUGAUAAUAUGAUCAAAUUGGUAGCAAAAUAUAGAAAAGAAUUACUUAAGGACACGCAUAUUUAUUGGUAAUAUAAAUAAAACUAUUUUAGAUUUUUAUGCAUUGAAAUUUUAGGAAAAUCAUGAUAUUUUAGCUUGGAAAAAUUAAUAAAUCGUUUUGAAUAGGAAAAAAAAUAGAAAGCCUGUUUUAUUGGCUCAACAAUUUGACGCAGAAGGGAAAUUCAAAGAAGCUGAGCACCAUUUUGUAGAAGCAGGAGCUUGGAAAAUGGCUGUUGACAUUUAUAGGAAGAAAAACAUGUGGGAUGAAGCUUUAAGGCUCGCCAAAGCAUAUGGCGGCCCUAAAGAAAUCGCAGAAGUCGCCAGAAAAUGGGCUGAAACCCACGCUGGUAAAGGUGGCGGUUCUGAUCUGCUUAUGAAGCAAGGACUUGUAGAAGCUGCCUUAGAAUUCGAAGUCGAACAGCGCAAUUAUGAUGCUGCUUUCAGACUUGCAGAAGCCCAUUGCCGCCAUCGUCUAAACGACGUCCACUUAAGCUACGCUCUCUAUUUAGAAGACGAAAACCGCUGGAAAGAAGCUGAAGAAGAGUUCAUCAAAGCUGGCCGAGCCCAAGAAGCCGUCAAUAUGUAUGAGCACCAAGGUGAUUUUUAUUCCGCCCUACGCGUUGCCCGCCAAUACUGUCCAGAUAUGGUCCCUGAAAUUUUAUCCUCACAAGCCAAAUACCACAUAGACCGCGGCGAAUUUCCAAAAGCUGAGCAAUGUCUACUUGCUGCAAAACUCCCAGAAAAAGCAGUAGAAAUGUACGCAAAUGCUAGGAUGAGAAAUGACGCUAUAAGAGUUGCCAAAGACCAUGCCCCACAUUUAGUAUCUAGAGUUAUUAAUGUGGAAGAAGCAACUGGUGCUGAAGAUAUGAAACAGACAGCAAGGGUUUUAGAACAAAGCAGGGAUUAUGUUAAAGCGAUUAAUGCGUAUUUAUCCAUUUCUCAAGAUGUAACUAAUGAUUUUGAUUUAUUAGAAGAAGUCUGGGAAAGGGCUGUGCAACUGGCAAUGACUUAUGAUAAAGACGGCUUAUUUUUUAUGACAAUUUUUUACGAAAUUUAGCCAUUUUUCUAUAAGAUAUAGAGAAUUUUUCUGUGAUCAGAAAUAUAUAUAGCCAUAAAGACAGAUGCCAACAAAUAAUUAUGCUGGUCAGUCAAAGACUAAAAGGAAUCCAAAGGUAUGAUGCAGCUGCUGAUAUGUAUGCAGGAAUCGGGCAGUAUGAAGAAGCUAUAAAAUGCUACAUAGAAGGUAAGGACUUUAAGAGAGCUAAAGAAAUGGUCAUGAGUAUCAAAAAUACUGACAUUGAAGCGAAACUUAGAAAUUUAGUAGAAAAUGAAGAGAAAAAGUACUUACAAGCAAAAGGCGACUAUACUGGAUUGAUGCCAUUAGAUAGAAACGCUGCAAGAGAUAUAAUAAUCUCAGGUGGAGAUUGGGAAGGAGCUUUAGAAAAAGUCAAAGGAAAUCCUCAGAUGUUAAGCGAAAUCUUGCUCAAAUGCACCACUCACAUGACAGAAGAAGGCCACUUUGCCCAAGCCUUAAAGAUUUUUUCUGUUUACGGAAGUCCAGCAGACUCAGCAUUUUUCACCAUAUAUAAAACUCUUUGUGUAGAAGUCCUCGCCGAAUGUGAAGAUGAAGAAAUUUACGAUUUAAGGACUGUUCUUAAGCUACUCCUAGACAAUAUGUAUGACAGAAACUCACCAGUCACCAAAGAAUUCGAGCGUUAUUUCAGGAUUAUCCAGCUGCUUUAUCUCAAAGGUACAUGCAAAAACAAAAACCAGCGUGGUCUUUAUACCAAAAUCUGUGUAUCUCUAUUAAGAUAUACCAAUGAAGUCAGGGUCGAUAAAGCUUUUUAUGAUGCAGGAGUAGCUUGUCAAGAAGAAGGAUGACUAAAUAUGGCGUUUAUCUUUUUAAAUAGAUAUUUAGAUAUUGCAGACGCCAUACAAGACCCAGACACAGGCGCAGCCGCAUUAGGCGACAAUACUGAUUUUGAAGGGACUGAUAUUCCGACCUCCAAUAUUCCUCUCCCAGACAACAAUAUCACUGAUAACGACACCCGCGACAGGCUUAGAGACUGGGUUUUGCAAGUGUCUAUGGACCACCGCGUCGAACAAAAACUUAGCACCCGGCAUUGUGACAGUUGUGGCGCUGAGAUUUAUAUUGCAAAUUUACAAUGCCCUAACUGUGGUUUUGCCUGGGAGCCUUGUUUGAUUACUGGCUUCCCAGUAAUGAGAGGCAGCGAAGUAGCUUGCACCAACUGUGACAGGCCAGCUAACAAGAAUGAGUGGAAUGCUUAUUUAUUGUCAAAUUCCAGCUGUCCUUGGUGCUCUUCAAUCCAAUCGCAAGCUUUUUAA